AUGGGGAUAGACCGGCGGCGGAGAGCCUCGCUGGCUCUCACGCUCAACUUGGUCGCCUUGCUCCUCGCCGUGUCCGCGCUCACCACCAGCUACUGGUGCGAGGGCACGCGCAAAGUGGUGAAGCCCUUCUGCACCGGCCCGGUGACCACCAAACAGUCCUUCUGCAUCCGCUUUAACAGCUCCAACUUGAACGACACCCGGCUGGUCCAGUACAUCUGGGAGACCGGGGAGGAUAAAUACCUGAUGAGGAAGUUCCACACCGGCAUCUGGUUCUCCUGCGAGCAGAACGUCAACAUGACCGGCGAGAACUGCAGAAGUUUCCUGUACGUGGCGCCUUCAAAUGAACGGGGAGUGCUAUGGCUGUGCAUCGUCGCGGAGUGCCUGUACAUUCUCCUGUUAGCCACCGGGGGCAUCCUCAUGUCCAUAGAGGUGUGCCACUUUGGCAGCGUCAUCGACGGCCUCAAGCUCAACGCCUUCGCCGCCAUAUUCACUGUUCUCUCAGGUCUCCUAGGUAUGGUGGCCCAUAUGAUGUACACUACAGCCUUUCAGCUAACCGUCAGUCUGGGCCCGGAGGACUGGAAACCACAGACGUGGGACUACAGCUGGUCGUACAUUUUGGCGUGGAGCUCCUUCACGGCCUGCAUGGCGUCUUCGGUCACCACCAUCAACCGCUACACGAAGACCAUCCUGGAGUUCAAGCACAAGCGCCGGAACAUCGAGAAGAACCUGAAGAUCAAGCAGAAGCUGUUGGAGCUGGACUCCCCGGAGCAGGUGUGGGACAUGUACAUCAGCUCGGUGCCCAGCACGGCCGAGGAGCUGCUGGACCUGUCCUCCAACGGACGCAAGCUGUCCAACGCCUCCGUCUUCCUGGACCUCAACGAUCUGCCCGACACCCAGGGAGAAGAGUACUGUUGA